AUGGAGGAUGAUAUAGAUGCCAUGGGUACCAUCAAUACCCAUCACAACCACAACAAAGCUAAGAAAGCCAAUAGACUACAACAACAACAAACAAGAACUAAAAUAAGACAUCAGAAGUUAAGAUAUACAUUUAUUGGUUAUAUUAUUGUAUUAAUCUUUUUAUCAAUUAUUCAAUUCAUUGGUGUUGGAUUCUUUACUCAAGGUUUCUUAUUAAGAAGAAAUGUGCUACCAGAUAUUAACUCAUGUUCUACUGGCAGUGGUAGUGGUAACAAUAACAAUGACACAUGCAUGAGACCAGCUAAGUAUAACAAAACUGUCUUAUUGGUUAUAGACGCGUUAAGAUUUGAUUUCGUCAUACCAGUGACACCGGAAUCAUCUAAUGAAUAUUAUCAUAAUAAUUUCCCGAUUUUAUAUGAAUUAGCUCAACAAGAUAAUGGUAUCUUAUUAAAAUUCAUGGCUGAUCCUCCGACAACAACAUUACAAAGAUUAAAAGGAUUAACCACGGGUUCAUUACCUACUUUUAUUGACGCAAGUUCAAAUUUUAAUGGUGAUGCAAUUGAAGAGGAUAAUUGGUUAUUACAAUUACAUCGCUUAAAUAAAACAAUCGCAUUCAUGGGUGAUGAUACUUGGACAGCAUUAUUUAAUGAAUAUAUUCAUCCGGAAUUGAAUUUUCCAUAUGAUUCUUUAAAUGUUUGGGAUUUACAUACGGUUGAUAAUGGAGUUACUGAACAUUUAUUCCCAUUACUACAAGAAUCUCAUAGAUGGGAUUUAUUAGUGGGACACUUUUUAGGAGUAGAUCAUGUUGGACACAGAUAUGGACCAUCACAUUAUUCCAUGAAGGAGAAAUUGAAUCAAAUGAAUACAGUUAUAAAACAAGUAAUUAAUGAAUUAGAUGAUGAUACAUUGUUAAUAAUCAUUGGUGAUCAUGGAAUGGAUUCUACUGGGAAUCAUGGAGGUGAUGCCCCUGAUGAAUUAGAAUCUACUUUAUUUAUGUAUUCCAAAACUGGACAAUUCACCAAAAAACAUCCAUCAUUAUAUAAUCUAACCUCACAAGGUAGAUAUUAUCGUUCAGUGAAUCAAAUCGAUUUAGUACCGACAAUAUCCUUACUAAUGGGCCUACCAAUCCCCUACAACAACCUAGGAUUUCCAAUCGAUGAAGCAUUCUCCACCGAAGAAGAAUUAACAAUCGCAUCCUACAAAACCAUCCAACAAUUAAAAUCUUUCAGAAAUGCCACUCCUAACUUAUCUAAACUAAUCCACCAUUACGACGCCUUCACCCUCGAUUACAACAAUACCGAUUCCUACAACCAUCAAAAACUAAUCGAAGAAGCAAAAGCAUAUCAAAUCCUCUCCUUGGAAGAAUGCAAAUCAUUAUGGGCCCGUUUCGACCUAAAACUAAUCCUUAUCGGGAUCGGAAUCCUCUUCCUCGCACUCACAUUCAUGAUCACCUAUCUGAGAUCCAUCCCCGCGGUCCGGGUCCUGACCAUGAGUUUCGAAUUCAUUGGGUCGGUGAUUGCCAUGACCAUGGUGAGUCUAGUAUUAAGUUUUUCGAUCUUUAUUGUCCUAAAACCAUUUGAAUUCUCUUUGAAACGAUGCCUUGGGAUUGGGAUUGCAUUAGGGAUGGUGAUUGGAUUUUGGGCCCCGAUUAUGGAUAGGUUUAGUGUGAAUUUCUUGUGGAAUCAGACAUAUGAUUUCUUUAGGUAUAAUUUCAAUAGUUGGUCAUUUAUGGGGAUCAUAUUUGUGAUUGGACAUUGUUUGAUAUUUGCCUCGAAUUCAUAUGUUGUUUGGGAAGAUAAGAUGGUGAGUUAUUUUUUGAUUACGUUUGGGAUUUGUUGUAUUUAUGCUUGUGCAAUUCCAUAUUCACCGAUUUCGACCAGGGAUAAAAUAUUGGGAUUAUCGCAUGCGAUUACGUUUACGAUUAUGACGAGAUUGACUUCGAUGAUUAAUCUUUGUCGUGAAGAACAGAGACCAUAUUGUGAAACAUCAUUCAAAACUACUUGGUGGGCCGUGGUGUUGUUGCAUGUGAUGUCAUAUUUAUUGCCGAUGUUUAUUGCAUCUUGUUAUAAAUUAUCUGAUUCAUAUCAUUCAGCAGCUCCGUUAUGGAUCGGUACCGGGUUUAAAUUUUUAUUAUUUAUGAAUGCUGUGUAUUGGACAUUUGAAUAUAUUCAAAAUAGUGAAUAUUUUAAUAAUCAUGUGAAUUUAAUCAUUGGGAUUCCAUUAUUGAAAUCUUUUAAGUUGGCAAUUGCAAGGUUGGUAUUGUUGAUUAGUUUAGUAUUGGCGAAUUUCAGUUGGUCUAGAGGUCCAUUAUGUGUGAAAUUAGACUUAAAAGAAGAGAUCAGUACUACAUCUUCUUCAUCCGAGGAUGAUGAGGAUAGUGACGAGAGUAAUGGACAUACUACAAACAAGACAGCUACGAUAUUAGGAUAUGGAAAUGUCUAUGGCUCGUCAUAUUUCUUACUCGUAUUAAAUUUCACCGCGGCAAUCAUGUUAACGACAAAACCAAUCGGAUCAUUAUCAAUCAGUAUGUUAAUCAUUCAAAUCUUAUCAUUAUUAGAAUUAUAUGAAAUUUUAAAUAUUAGAAAAAAUUUAAUUUCACCAAUAAUAUUUGGAUUAUUAGGAUAUCAACAUUUCUUCAGUACAGGACAUCAAGCUACCUUACCUUCAAUCCAAUGGGAAUUAGGAUUCAUGACAACUGAAACUAUUUUCUUCCCAUUUACACAUUUAAAUAUUGCAUUGAAUACAUUUGGACCAUUUUUGAUAAUAUGUCUAUCAAUCCCGUUGAUCACUUUAUGGAGAAUAAUCCCAUCGAAUAAACCAAUCACGGUACUUUCCCAGAUUAUCACGAAUGCAACCACAUUGAUUACAUAUUAUUUAUUGACAGGAUUGAGUAGUUUGAUCUUUGCAGCUCAUUUUAGAAGACAUUUAAUGGUUUGGAAAAUCUUUGCCCCCAGGUUUAUGUUGAGUGGAUUGUUGAUUAUUGUGAUGAAUGUAUUUAUGAUUUUGGUGACUUUGUGGUUUGGGACGGGGAGAAUUCUUACUCAAGUUAAUAGAAUCUUUGGGAAGUGA